AUGACUUCAUCCUCGUCAACGAUUAUCCGUAUCCCCCGGACCGAUACCGAUCAGGAGGAUGACUUCAUCCUGGGCGAGGUUACCCACUCGGGAACCGGAGGAUCAUCCGCGAGGGGAUCGAGCAAACCGCUAAAUUUCAAGAUUGUUGCUACGGAGGGUGAAGAGCCGUAUGCGCUCACUCUAAAACAUGACCAAAUCAACUCCCUCCGCGCCAGCAGCAGUUCCUGCACCCCCACAGAGUGGGAAUCCAUCCUUUCCUCCCUCUUCAUAACAGCCUCACCAGUAGCAGACAUCGAAGCCGGCGCCGAGGUAGAAUCCCGCGGCAAAAAGAAGUCCAUCGCCAUCACCAUCCGCCGUCGCGUAGCCGGCAUCAACCAACGACUAGGCGCAUUGACCCUAUCUCACUCACCCUCCUCCGAGAUCCAGCUCUUCGACUGGUGUUUGCAACUCGCCAUCUCGCGGCAGACCGCACUCUCUUCCCUAUCCACCUCCGCAGCACAGGUAGCGGAGCUCGAGGCUCGCAUCGCUGAUUUGAAGAGUCAGUUGGAGGAACUCACGCGGUCGAAGGUUGAGCAGGAGACGGAGCUGUUGCAGAAGUUUAGGGCGCUGUUGAAUGAGAAGAAGUCGAAAAUUCGUCAACAGCAACAGGAACUGAGUAGAGUAAGACCUAGCUCGCAAGACGGGUUGUCGGGUGUAAUUGAGAGUGCGAGGGGUAAGUCCGGAGUGAAGGUCUCCAAAAAUCAACUAGACAAAGACGAAGAAGAGGAAGAGGAAGAAGAUGGCGGCAUCAAGAUUGGCAGGAUAGGAGGAGGGCGCUCAAAACAGCAGGAACAGCAAAAAAAGAACAGCCCGCGUCUCCAGACCAGGAAAACGAAAGGCCACCAAAGACAUGUCGACUCGCCAGAGUCAGAGCCGGAACCGUCCUCCAAGACCAUGGGACAGUCAUCCUCUAGCAAGACCCUUGACGUCGAAGACGACACUGAUAGCAAUAACGACGAAGACGAGGCCGAAGAGGAAAACGGCAAAAUCUCAGGUCGCGAAACUCCAGACCGCGACGAUGACGAAACAGCCAGCGAACCCGAUGAGAUGGAUGAGACAGUAGAAGCGGGAGAGAAGGAUCUUGAUGUUGGUGGCUCGCCUGCUUCGCCACCACCGCCGUCGCCGUCGCGAUUGGCGACGAGGGGGAAAGGACAUGCGGCAUCAUCGAAAAACGACAAUGACUCCUCAGAAAAAAGAUGA